GCCCUCCCAGAAAGGCUCCACCCUCGUCCGGCCCUUAGGUGUAGGGCAAGACUUCCCAGAGCUCUGCCUGGGAGGCGGGACAGGAGGCUCAGUACAGAGGGACCCAGACCUGUCGACCUGCUCAACUUGGGCCCGCCGCCACCGCCGCCCAUGGGGAACAGCCACUGCGUCCCUCAGGCCCCUAGGAGGCUCCGGGCGUCCUUCUCCAGAAAGCCUUCGCUGAAGGGAAAUAGAGAGGAUGGUGCAAGGAAGCUGGCUGGCCUGUUUGGCUCCGAGGCCGGUCCUGACCUGGACGCCACUGCUGACAAGAUCUUCUACUACAUCCCUGGGACGGACAUCCGGGGCCUGGAGAGCCAGCGAGAAAACCUAGAGCAGCCGUUCCUGAGUGUGUUCAAGAAGGGGCGGCGGAGGGUGCCUGUGAGGAAUCUGGGCAAGGUUGUACACUAUGCCAAGGUCCAGCUACGAUUCCAGCAUAGCCAGGACAUCAGCAACUGCUAUCUGGAGCUGUUCCCCUCCUACCUCUACUUCCAGGCCCAUGGUUCCAAAGGACUCACCUUCCAGGGGCUGUUACCACUGAUGGAGCUGAGUGUCUGCCCGCUUGAGGGGUCCAGAGAGCAUGCCUUCCAGAUCACAGGCCCGCUGCCUGCUCCCCUUCAUGUGCUCUGCCCCAGCCAGGCUGAGCUGGGCCUCUGGCUGUACCACCUGGAAAAGCAGAUAGCCCUCGUGGGAGGGCUGCAGCACUACCACUCAGCAGCCCCGCAGGGCCCCCCUGAGGACGAGCUGCCCUGGACUCUGCAGCGCAGGCUGACCCAGCUACGGAAGUCAUUAGGGCAUCAAAUGGUGGGCAGUGCCGUCUGUGCCUCGAGGGUCAAGCUGCAGCAUCUGCCCUCACAGGAGCAAUGGGACCGGCUCCUGGUCCUGUACCCAACAUCCCUGGCUAUCUUCUCCGAAGAAGCAGAUGGGCUUUGCUUUAAGGGGGAGCUCCCACUCAGCGCCAUCCGCAUCAACCUGGAGGAGAAGGAGAAGCAGAUCCGUUCUUUCCUGAUCGAAGGCCGCUUCAUCAACACUAUCCGCGUGGUGUGUGCGAGCUACGAGGACUACAGCCGCUGGUUACUGUGUCUGCAGACUAUCUCGCCCAGGGAUGGAGCCGCCCCUCUGGCUGGCCCUGAGAGCUUCGCAGGCCCACGGGUCAUGGGUGGUGGCCGAGGCUCACUCUCCUCAGAUGGACAAACCAGCGGGGACUCCCCCUCCACCCACACCAGCCCCUCUGUCCCUGAGUCCUCAGUGCCAUCCACCACCCGCUGCCCUGCCCAGGCUGUACCUGACCAGGCCAACCCGGGCUGCACCAGCGUCAGCAGGCGGAGGGCAGAACUGAGAUGGAGCAGCAUCAGCCGGUCACCCAGGAGUAAGGCCCGGGGUGAGGGGCCCAGCCUGGCCACCUCGUUGUACUUGGACCUGACCAAGCUGAGCAGGCAGAGCCUAGAGGACAACCCUGAGGCCCCAGACCACCCUCUGAAGACCCCACACUCCCCACUCUAUGCUGAUCCCUACACACCACCUGCUACCUCCUACCACAAGAUCACAGACGUCCAGGGCCUGGAUGAGUUCCUCAGCGCAAUGCAGAGCUCACUUGGACCUGAGUCCUCGAGCCCCUUCCCCUCGGUCCCUGUGUCUGUGCCUGUCUCUGACCCCAGCUCUGGACUCUCCGGUCCCCACUUGCUCUCCAAGAAGGGAGCCCUGCAGCCCAGAGCCUCUCAGCGGCACCGAGGCUCCAUCAAGGGCCGGGGGCCACCACCCCCAGACUCCCCUCAGCAUGUCUCCCCAGCGAGGAAAGUCUCACCUGAGCCCCUGCCACCUCCCUCAGGUGGCCAUCCCCCCAAGAGCUCUGGCAACAUCUGGGACAAGGCUUCAUCUCCCUCCCACAAGCGGUGGCCCCGAGGAGGACCUGAGGCUGGGGGGGGGCUCAUCCAGUGGAUCUGAUGGCCUCUGGGUGACCGGUUCUCAGGACCACCUGCCAGCACGGACCCUGGAGUGGGGGUUUGCAGCAGAGCCUGGGUCUUUCUUUGUGGGGCCACAGGCCGACCGGCAUCCAAUGCUUGAACCCCAUCCAGUGCUGAGUCAGUGUCUGAUCCCAGCAGGGUGAAGGGUUCUCCAGAACUCUGAGUUUCCCUGGGCUCUGGAGGGGCCAGGAGGAGAGCCUGAUACUGAAGAUGGCCUGACAACAUGGCUACACCCCAGAUCAAAGCAGGCCUCAUAGAGGGGCCAAAUUUCAUCCUUUCCUCCAGGGAAGGAAUGAGGGAGGCCACUCGAUGCAGGCUUUACCUGGCGGUGGGAGAACGGUGCAGGUGGGAAGGUCAGAGGACUGAGAAAGUCAGGUUAGUGAGGGUCAGAGCACGUGAGAUCAGAGAGCACGAGGAUAGGGAAGUCAGCAAAGUCUGAGACGUCACAAGCAGAGAUAGAAGGGUGUUCUGGGCAAAUGUCAGUAGGCUGCAGCUGGUCAGGAGAAACUGACAGGAGACUAAGCAAGAAAGAAAGAGAAGAUUUUAUUUGUGCUGUGUGUCCAUGCAUUUUCCACUCCGCAGUCAGGAGUCCCCCAUCCUGGGGACUCCGUGCCCAUGCCCACCUGGCACCGAGCCUGGUGGCCUCCACUGCUCUGCCACCACCAGCUUCCCACCCACCUUCCUGCCCCAUCUCUGGCUCCUCAAAGCCUUGGGACAAUCCCAAAUGUCCAGUCCCUUUAUGUGCCACCACCAUAUUCCACCUCUGCACCUCGUCCAGGGUUCCCCAGAGGAGGGGCUCCAGCUUCUGCCCUACAGACCCCCACCCUGCAGGCACCUGCUCACUGAGGCAGGAGCCAAGGAGGCCCUUGGGGCUUAAGGGUCACAGAGGCCUCAGAGGCUUUCACUACCCCAGCCCACUUGUCAACAAGGCAGAGAGUUCCCGGGACACCCCCCUCCAGCCUGAAGGCCAUCUAGUCUCCUCACUCUUGCCCCCUGCCCAGAUUUCCAGCUGGGGCUUUCCUGCUGCUCUGACACCUUCUAGGUUCCAGAGCCUUAUCCUGCCUCUCCCCUGUAACUAGAUAACCCAAUAAAAUAUAGGACACCCAGUUAAAUUUGAUUUCAGAUAAACCACACAGAAUUUAGUAUAAGUACAUCUCAAAUACUGCAUGUCUGAAAUUCAAGUUUCACUGGCACCCUAUGUUUUUAUUAGCUGAUCUGGCCACCUUACUAACCAGCUCCUUGCUCAGCAUCUACCCAGCCACCUUCCAGAAUCUCCCUCCUCCCAGGUGUGAAGCACAGUCUUGGCCUUAGCCAGUGGUUAGACCUUUGGGUGGAAUCCAAGGAGCAGGACCAAGAACACUGGCUCCUUCCUAGACACCAUAGAACACAGGGGUCAAAGGGCCAGACCUGAGGGCAGCACCUCGUCCUCAGCACCUGUGGCCAUUUCUUUGUCCUGUGUCUUCCUGGACCAAGCCUGGGUUCUAAGAGCUGGGGCUGCGGCUGCGGCUGCGGCUGCGGCUGCGGCUGCGGCUGCGGCUGCGGCUGCGGCUGGGGCGUCCCUGCCCCGCCUGCCGGCGGAAGCAGUGGAUGGCAGAGAUGGUACCGAUGCUGGCCAACAACACUGCAAGAGAAGCACAGAGCCUCCUGAGUGCCGGCUCCAUCCCGGCCUGUUCACCACCUUCUACCCACAUGGCCUGGUCCUCAAAGGGCAGGGGGAGGCCAGCAGGGCAAGGAGUGGGUCAGCAAUGAGAGGAGCAAGGUCACGGGCGAAGUCUUUGCUUCCCCAUGCACCCCUCAUCCCUGCUGGCCCAGCAGGUGAGACUGGACACCACUGGUCCUCCUGGGUACCAGCCCGCUCCUCCCCCAGGGCCCCCAAACCUGUUUUCCAGGCAUCUGGGGUAUGCAGGUCUGAUGUUCUCAUAGCCCAGGUGGCAAAGGCCACAAACACCAGGCACAUGUCAUCCUGGCCGAAGGUAAAUGAGGUGAGAGGAUCUCGGGGCUCCCCUAGGAGAGAGAAGCAUGCUCUGUGCUCUGGCAGCUCCACUCAGACUCAUCUGUCCCAGAUAUGCUGUGACUCACAUCUUCCCGAUGACACCUCUGUCCCAAGACCCAGGGUAGUGUGUGGCGUAGUUGAGUCAAGCUGACUUGAGCCAGUUGCCUCUGGGUACCAUUCCCUGGUUUGUAAAAUAUCUUCCAAGGGGAAUGUGAGAUGAAGUCUGUUGCGUGCCUGACCUGGGCAAGGCCGGAGUGGGAGCUGUCCCAGUGUCUACCAUGCUAGAGGCGGGGGGGCAGGGCACUGCUGUCAUCUGGGCCUGGAUACAGAAUGAUGGUCAGUGCAGACAAAUCCCUGAGUGGCUGUGGUGUCUAGCCUAGUCUGCCCCACCUGGACUAUGUCCUGCGACGGCCAGGAGCUAGUCCGUCCUUCCCAGGUCAUCCCUAAGCAGCCCCCCCACCGGCUCAUGGCUCGGGGUCCUAGCCUGCCCCUCCCCAGCAGUCCUCCUGGCUGAACUCCCUGGACAGUAUGUUCCCAGGACCUGGACAGCCCAUGGGGCCCACGCGACACGCACCUGCUUGCCUGACUGCCCAACUGCACUGCUCUGCUGUGUCUGGGGUAGGCUCUGGUGGGGUACCAUGCCCCAUGCCCCAGGGGACCAAGCCGGGGGGCUCUGUGGCCUGUAGCUGGAGAAGGGCAGCCAGCUCCAGCAUGCCCCCCGAUGAGUCCUCCCCAAGGAAGUGUUCAUAGGCCUCGGGGAUGGAGAUGGGCACAGGGUCUCCAGGUGGAAGGGUUGGCACAGGGUCAGCCUGUGGGGGUUGGGCCACAGAGUGGCCCCCCCAGUGCCCAGACCUCUGGGCUCGACGGUCCUGGAAGAAGAAUUCACACAUGUCUGGCCACUGUACUUCGGCCAGAGCCUGGUCAGCUUCUGCCACCUCCUCAGCAUCUUCAUCUUCCUCCUCAAUAGUGUCACAAAAAAAGAACUCAUAGGCCUCUGGGAGGGUCACUGCAAAGCUGCUCCCGGGCCUGUGCCCCACUGAAGCAGAGGGGGAAGGGGGAGGCACGUGUUUGAGGAUCCGAGGCUGGGGAGACCGGGGCCCAACUGCCAUGGCGUCCCAGCCUCCAGGCCCCCCUCGGCCCCCCACUGCUGUCCUGGGGGCUGAGGGCCGGGCUGUGGCUGGUGAGGGUGGGCCUGAGGUCUCUCCUGAACCUGGCUCCUCAGGGCUGGGCACAGCCAUGGAAAAUCGCACUUUCUUCUUCUUGGGUGCUUGGACAGGGCCUAGUGGGGGAUCCCCUGAAGGAUGUCCAGCGGCACCUGCUGAAGGCUCCUCUCUGGGCUUCUCUCGGUGUCCUCCUGGAGACACAACAGGGCUCAAACAUGGCUUGGCCGUUGGGGCAACCUCCACCUUCACCACGUCAGGCCCCGCCUGGGGAAUGGGAGCAGGUGUUGACACAUCCACGUCAGAUUGGGCCUUGGAAACAAGGUGAGGUGGAACAAGUGUAGAUAAAUCCACCUCCUGCUUAAC